AACUAAUUUGUGCAAAUCAGGGGAGUCAAAUUUCAGAAACUACUGUUUGCUCAAUUGAACUUCCAACUUCUGACACCAUGUGCUACUACCACAACUAUUAUGGUAGCCUGGACUAUGGCUGCAGCUAUGGCUCUGAAUAUGGUGACUCUGGUUAUGCCUGCAACUUUCCAAGCUCCUAUGGAAGGUUCCUACUGGCUCCUACAAAGAAAUUCCAAUUGCCAGUCACUUUGAGUCAUUUUCUUGUGAUGCGCUAAUUGCAUCAACAGGGUUGUUUAUGGAUUAAUUAUUGUCUGUCCAAUUUUAACUAAAUCUAAUUAUUGAUUACCAGAGGUCAUAUUU